ACCAGGAGCGACGAGAACAAGUGUAUUUUGCUCCUCGAUUUAUCAACCACAUCCCAGCGCAGCGCAACGCAGCACGGCACAGCAAAACCUCGAGCUCGCCUCUCUCUUGUGCCGGCCAACCAGCACAGGCAAAGUUUCUCCACCGCGCCGUAGCGAAUCAAGAACGCUCCUGCUCUCGCAUCCUCCGUGGUUUGUGGCAAGUUUCCGUCUCUGAGCCGCUGACUAUCUUUCCGCGGACCUCAUUAGCCUUUCUGGCUGUCGCUCUUUCCCCCACCUACCUAUAUUUUCGUCCACACGCGACUCCCUCUCUCUCGCCGUUCCAGAAGCCACUCUUUGAUUCGUAGCGAAAAGCAGCCAUGGCGGCCCACGUCGCGCCUCUCUCUCAGAGUCUCCUCGCUCGCAACCGCAUCAACGCCGCCAUUCCACUCAGCUCGUCCCACAACGUCGUCACCCUGAACAGACGGCUCGGCUGUAGCAACACACGCUCAACCCCCCGCCGGCUCCCCUCGUCUCGCGCUACAGCCGUUCGAGCUGCAGCCGUCAGCGACGCGCCUUCGCGGGUCGCGGAUUCGGGCUCGAGCGGGCUGGACCCAACCCUCGCCAAGUCGCCGUUCAAAGUGAUUGUAGCGGGCGCGGGAAUCGGCGGUCUGGUGUUCGCUCUGGCGUGCAAGAACCGCGGGAUCGACGUGGAGGUCUACGAGCGGGAUCUGACCGCGAUUCGCGGCGAGGGGCAGUACCGCGGGCCGAUUCAGAUUCAGAGCAACGCGCUCGCGGCGCUGGAGGCGGUCGACCUGGGCGUGGCCGAGGAGGUGAUGUCGGCCGGGUGCAUCACGGGGGAUCGUAUCAACGGGCUUUGCGACGGGCUGACCGGCGAAUGGUACAUCAAGUUCGACACGUUCACGCCGGCGGCGGAGGGCGGGUUGCCAGUGACGCGCGUGAUCAGCCGCAUGACGCUGCAGCAGAUCCUCGUCGAUGCUGUUGGCGAGGGCAUUAUCAGAAACGGAUCGACCGUCGUUGACUUCCACGACCAGGGCAAGCAGGUGGCUGUAAAGCUGAGUGACGGCAGCACAGUGUACGGCGACAUGCUUGUAGGGGCCGACGGAAUCCGAUCCAAGGUGCGGGACCUGUUGCUGGGAGUGACGGAGCCAACCUACUCUGACUACACGUGCUACACGGGGAUCUGCGACUUUGUGCCGCACGACAUUGAGACCGUGGGCUACCGCGUGUUUCUGGGCCACCGGCAGUACUUUGUGAGCAGCGACGUGGGGUAUGGCAAGAUGCAGUGGUACGCCUUCUACAACGAGCCUGCUGGUGGCUCCGACCCCCCCGGCUGUCGCAAGGAGAGGUUGAUGCAGCUCUUCGGGCACUGGGCGGAUGGCGUGGUGGACCUCAUCCAAGCGACGCCCGAGGAGGACGUGCUGCGGCGGGACAUCUACGACCGCAUCCCCAUCUUCCAGUGGAGCAAAGGGCGCGUCACGCUCAUGGGGGACGCUGCGCACGCCAUGCAGCCCAACAUGGGGCAGGGCGGAUGCAUGGCCAUCGAGGACGGCUUCCAACUGGCCCUAGACCUGGACAAGGCGCUGGAGGGAGCUAGAAAGAAAUCGGAAAGCAAGGGGGGCGAGUUGAGGGAGCACGUGGACGUGGCGGGCGUGGUGCUGCAGUACGAGGGGGAGCGGCGCCUGAGGGCGGGGGCUGUGCACGGCAUGGCGCGGACAGCUGCGAUUAUGGCGUCCACGUACAGGGCUUACCUGGGGGAGGGCUUUGCCCCACUCUCGUGGCUGGUGAACUGGCGCAUUCCCCACUGGGGCAAGAUGGGCGGGCAGGUGGUGAUGAAGCUCUUUAUGCCAGGCAUGCUCAAAUGGGUGCUCACCGGCAACACCUUUGCUCUGGAGGGGCGCGCACCCUACUGCCGCAUCACUGACAAGGCGAGCGAGAACCUCGCCAAGUGGAUGGAGGACGACGAUGCGUUGGAGCGAGCAACAGAGGCCGAGUGGUUCCUGCUGCCCGCCGCUGACCGCAUGCCCCUCUCCGGCACCACCACUGACUCCGGCCGACCCAUUCUGCCCCUCGCUGUGGCUGUGACGCCUGAGGGCGCGCCUGCUUCCACCAUCACGUCGGCCAUCACCAUCGUCGGCUCUGCAGAGUGUGCACCAGCUAGCGGCGCAGCAGCUGUCAUCUCCCUCCCUGGGGUGGAGGAGAAGCAUUGCCGCAUUGAGAGUCGCAGCGACCACACCUUCUAUGUGACCGACCUGAGCCAGUCCCAGGGCACCUGGAUCCUCAGAGUGGACGGAGCUCGCUCCAAGCUCACUCCCGGCUCGCCCACUCGACUGCACCCGGGUGACUCCCUCCAGUUCGGACCAAAUCCCGAGGCUCUCUUCCGCAUCAAGCUGAGGAAGGCGGAGGACAGCGGUCGGGGAAAGGAAGCCAUUGCAGCUGCGACUGCCUAGAAUGGCAUGGAGUGUUAAUGCUCCAUGCUCCCAUAACUGCUCUGUGAUGCUUUGAAACAAUGCCAGGAAUGAUGGCGAAGUGAGCAAAUCGCAAGGUCUGGUUUCCAGAUUCUGUUCUUUCCUAAUGUACAGUAAUGUAGUAUAGACCUUGAAACUGGAAGUGAUGGGGAAAGUCACUCUAUGAUAUGGUACAGAAGAUAUUCCUUUCCCAGUGUCAUACCUAACAGAAUAAUUGAAAUGAUGGUAA